CGCGAAUCUCGAGGUGGUGAGCUUGAGCCGCCUGAGCUCGAACCUCGAGCGCCUCCUCCUCGACUCCGACUUCGACUGCAGCGACGCCGAGGUGGUCGUCGAGGGCACCGCCGUGGGCGUCCACCGCUGCAUACUCGCUGCGCGGAGCCGCUUCUUCCACGACCUCUUCGCCGGAGGCGGAGGAUCGCGCCCGCGCCCCGAGGGGAAGCCCCAGUACCAGAUGAGCGAGCUGGUGACGCACGGCAGGGUCGGCCGGGAGGCCUUCAUGGUCUUCUUGAGCUACCUGUACACGGGCAAGCUGAAGGCGGCGCCGCCCGACGUCUCCGUGUGCGUCGACAGCAUGUGCGCCCACGACGCUUGCCGCCCCGCCAUCGCCUUCGCUGUCGAGCUCAUGUACGCCUCCUCGGUGUUUCAGAUCUCCGAGCUCGUCUCCCUGUUUCAGCGUCGCCUUCUCAACUUUGUCGAUAAGGCACUGGUAGAAGACGUAAUACCCAUUCUACAAGUUGCUUUCCACUCGCAGCUUACUCUGCUGCUCAAUCACUGUAUACAAAGAGUUGCAAGAUCCAAUCUAGAUAAUACCUCUCUUGAGAAAGAGCUUCCGGAUGAAGUUGCUGAGGAGAUCAAGCAGCUCCGCCGCAAAUCCCAGCCUAAUGAAGCUAAUAACUUGGUUGCGGACCCUGUUCAUGAGAAAAGAGUCAGAAGAAUCCACAGGGCCCUCGAUUCCGAUGAUGUUGAACUUGUUAAGAUGCUUCUAACUGAGUCGGAGAUAACCUUAGAUGAUGCCUAUGCUGUACACUAUGCUGCGGCCUACUGUGAUUCUAAAGUGGUAGCAGAAUUGUUAGAUCUUAAAGCCGCCAAUGUGAAUCUAAAGAAUGAUAGAGGAUACACACCAUUGCACAUGGCUGUCAUGAGAAGAGACCCAGCUCUAAUCAUGUCCCUCCUAUCUAAAGGCGCUUCUGUGUCCGAAAUGACGGCGGACGGACGGAACUCUGUAAGCAUCUGUAGGAGGCUGACAAGGGCGAAGGACUACAACACAAGGACGCAGCAGGGGCAAGAGUCAAAUAAAGAUCGGAUGUGUAUCGAUCUUUUGGAAAGAGAGAUGAUCAGGAAUCCUGUGGCUGUGGAAGACUCGGUCACGUCCCCGUUAUUGGCUGACGACCUACACAUGAAGCUUCUGUACCUGGAAAACAGAGUUGCUUUUGCGAGAUUAUUCUUCCCUACCGAAGCGAAGUUAGCUAUGGAAAUAGCGCAUGCAGAGGCAACCGCAGAGUUUGCAGGCCUUGCUGCAUCUAACAGAUCUAAUGGUCAAUUGAGAGAGGUCGAUCUUAAUGAGACCCCUACAAUGCGAAAUAAGAGGCUGCGUGAGAGGGUUGAUGCUUUAACGAGAACAGUGAAUCUAGGCCGCCACUACUUCCCGCACUGUUCGCAAGUCCUGGACAAGUUUCUCGAGGAUGACUUGCCUGAUCUGUUCUACCUCCAAAAAGGCUCCCCCGAUGAGCAAAAGAUCAAGAAGAUGCGAUUCUGCGAGCUCAGAGAAGACGUCCAAAAGGCUUUCACCAAAGACAAGGCCGUGCGCUGUGGGUUGUCAUCUUCCUCGUCCUCAUCGAACUCACUUAAGGGCGAGGCGAGGCAUAACAAGGCUACAAGAAAAUAAUUGAGUUGUAUAGUUUUUUAGUGAAAAAUAUGUAAUGUUAGAUGGUAUGAAGUACAAGGAAGGAGAUUAAAGGAGAUUUCCAGUAGUUUUGACAUCUAGUGUUGUUUGUCUUGAGCGCAAAUUUGUAUUUAUAAUCGUGCGUCCUACAGUACAGGGACGGCAACAAGUACAGUAAGAAUAAUAUAUUAUAUCUAUAGUUGAAAGCGUGCCCCUGCGGUAAUAUGGUAUCAA